AUGACGACCAAGAACGGGCUCCUGCCGCUAGAGGCGCACCGUGGGCUUGCCCAAUCAUCGAAUUCUCGUUAUCUUCGCCAUGGAAGACUCGUGCUGGGAACACUUCUGCUCGCAGCAGGUCUGGUGAUGUUAAUCCAAACCAAAUAUCUUGACAACAUCAGUACACUCAAUGUGGCUGAUGGUGAGGUCUUUUUCGAGGGUCUCGACAAAUGUCGUGAGAGUCGAUCUGGAGAUCAGGGACAACAAUGGACAAAAGAUCGGAAAAAUCCACGAUGGAACCCAAUCUCUGGUCAACAGAGACCGGUUUUGAUUCAAAACGCAACGCUUUUUGAUGGCCAAUCUGUUCUGGCGGAAGCAGUCGAUAUCUUAUUCGAGGCAGGUGUCGUCAGUUCCGUGUCACCCACAGCCUUGAACCGCCAAGCUCCCAAUGAUAUCCAAAGUAUUGAUGCUCAUGGGAGAUUCGUCACCCCUGGGCUGGUGGAUAUGCAUUCUCACCACUUGUUAUCCCCAUUCCCCCGCCUUCUUUCUACCAGUGAUGUAAACGAGCGCCCCGUCCUAGGGCCAAUCACUCCAUUUUUGCGCUCCAUAGAUGGCUUCAAGCCGUAUGACCCAUUGAUUCGGAUCAUCGCAUCGGGCGGUGUCACUUCAUCCCUGAUUCUACCGGGCUCAGCCAACAUUAUCGGCGGCGAGGCUUAUCUAGUCAAGAACUUGCCAACACCGGGCCCAAAUGCCGAGCCGGUAGUCGAGGAGCUACUGCUUGACGACGGAGUUCCAGAAAAAAGCCGCAAGAGAUACCUCAAGGUGGCUUGUGGAGAGAAUCCCAAGGGCAUCUAUAAGAAUACUCGACUUGGGUUGGCGUGGCUUUUACGCAAGCAUCUCAAGGAAGGACAAGAUUUGCAGGAGCGUCAGUCUUCGUGGUGCCGGAAAGCUGCCGGUAUUGAGAAGACUGGGUUUUCCCAAUCUCGACAGAUUUCACAAUUCCUCAAAGACGAAGGAAAAAGACCAGAGUCCUUCGAACUUGAAACAUCUCUUGCACUUCUCAGAGGAGAGCUAAAUGUCAAUGUCCACUGCUACGAGCCUGAAGAUUUUGAUCGUAUGCUGAGUGUGCUUCAUGAAUUCGACAUCCAUCCCAGGGCCUUCCACCAUGCGCUGGAGGCGUGGCAACUCCCCGAAUGGUUGAAAACACAGGAGGAAAACAUAACCAUUGCCACUUUCGCAGAACAUGGGCUUUACAAGGCUGAGGCUUAUGGGGCUAAUCUGAGGGGACCCAAAAUUCUGGAUGAUCAUGGGGUACGAGUUGCAUUGAAGUCGGAUCACAACAGUGAGGAAUUCUACGCCAAGUAUCUUGCAUACCAGGCGGCAAUUUCUCACUCAUUUGGCUUGUCUGAAGAAAAGUCCCUUCAGGCCAUAACUUCUGUCCCUGCUAGAUCUAUCCAACAGGAUCAUAGGAUCGGUUAUGUUCGCCCGGGUUAUGACGCAGACCUCGUUAUCUGGGAUGAUCAUCCGCUCCAGGUCGGUGCUACGCCAGUCCAGGUAUUUAUCGAUGGUCGACCUCUGUUGGAAAAUGCGACCUUGUCCAACCAUGAAGACCUUGAGGCCAGCAAUCCACAGGCUCCAAACAUUCGUCCAUCACUUGCGGCAGGCCAGAAAAAAGAUACCUGUGCCAAGGUCCAGCCCGCCGACUCACGCAUUGUUUUUACUGGAAUCCAGAAGGCUCUCAUUGAUACAAACAGCACAUCUUUCAGUGCCAAGAAAGACCUCGUGAUGCUGGUUGAGAACGGUCAGAUCAAGUGUCUGGAUGAGAAGUCCUCAUGUUUCCAGGACAGAACCCAGGAAGAUUUUACUCACAUCGCUUUGGAAAACGGCCAUGUCCUCCCGGGUCUUGUAGCUUUCGGUACUACACUCGGGAUUCAAUCCCUUUCUUCCGAAAGUUCAACUGGAGAUGGCUCAGGAUCAAAAAGUGAAGACGCACUCAACGAAAAUCGUCUUCGCUUCGCCAAGUAUGGCAUACAUCUCCAGGACAGGGCACUUGCACGAGCAAGGAUUGGAGGUGUCACACGAGCUGUUACUGCGCCACUUCAGGGUAGUGGCAUCAAUCAGGGCGUCAGUGUUGGAUUGCGCACAGGUGCCAGCGCCACAAUCCUUGAAAAUGGGAUUUGGAAGGAUGAUGUGGCACUCCAUCUGGUGAUAGGUCAAUUUGCUAGAGAUGAUGAGACGCCAUCGGUAUCUUCCGGGAUUGAGAGACUGCGUCAGUUGCUUCAAACUGGCCAAGAUGCUACGUCCGGAACCUUGGGAAUAUAUGCUCAGGCUGCGAAUGGCUCGAUACCAGUGGUCGUGCAGGUAUUCAAUGAAGACGAUAUUGCGCAACUAGUCCUGGUCAAGCGUCAGUUCCAAUCAGUCAACUUGAUCAUACACGGCGGCCACGGUGCUCCAUUGGUCGCCAACCCUCUCGCCGAGGCAGGCAUUCCUGUCAUCCUCACUGGCAACCGUGGUGCUCCUGACAAUUGGGAGAAGAAGAACGCCCUUGUGGGCCCUCCCUUAACAGAAAGCGCAGCUAAAAUCUUACUGGAUGCUGGUGUCCUACUUGGUUUGGGUUUGAGCAUGGAUUCAAAGAUUCAUGGUCUGGCACAGGAAGCUUGGUGGGCCGGGAAGUAUGCCGGUCUCACUGAACAGCAAGCUAUCGCUCUUGUUUCGACGAAUAUCGAUCUUAUCCUGAACAGCCAAUCGGAGAAGACAGAUGCGGGUGCUCUUGUCGGGGACUUUGUCGUCUGGGAAGGUAACCCCCUGAGAGGAGAGGGCUCUGUGGUUGCUUCUUUCCAGGGCGAUGGAAAGGUCUCAGAUUGCUGGCCUGAUAUUAUUGAUAUUGCCGUAUGA